AUGGCGUCGCCUCGGUCUUGUCGAGCCUGCGCGGGACCUUACUCCUUAUUACCAGCCCUGGUGCUGCUCGUGACGUAUAACUUCGCGUCGCCGCACCAGCCACGAGCAACGGCUUUUUCCCUCAGAGUAGUGUCUCCGUUCCGCUCUCGCACGCACGAGGAGGAUGAGCGAUCCGCGCCGCCGGCGAUCGCGCGAAGAAAGCUCGCAUCGUCGCUGCCAUGCACGAACUCGUCGCUCUUCGGCUACGCUUACGCCGUGCAACUCGGCGACGGGUACGCGCGCCGGGUCGUCGUGUCGCUCCCUUACACCGCUAUACCGCGUCGUCGUUGUGUCCCUCGCUCGCUUAUACCGCUUACACCACUUACACCGCGUCGUAACGUCGCUCCACCGCUUUCCGCCUUUCUGCUUUUCAUCACGUGUCAGCUCCUCCCUCUCACCCCUCCUUCCCCCUUCUUCCCCCUCCCUCCCCCCCCCCUCCUCCCCUACUCCUCCCCCCCCUUCCCCCUUCGUUUUCCCCCGUUCCUCGUCGUCCCCCACCCUCUCAUACACUCCCCACCCGCCAGUCUCAUUUUGCACGGGAAGCCGCAGGUCGGCCGGGUGACAGACAUGGCGCUGCAGGCCGUGGCGCUCUCGGGCGCACAGAAGGGCUUCAUCUGGAAGACGCAGGUCGGCCUGGUGACAGAGAUAGCGCCACAAGCCGUGGCGCUCUCGGGCGCACAGGAGGGGUGGAUCGCCGUGGGUCUCAUUUUGCACUGGAAGCCGCAGGUCGGCAGGGUGACGGACAUGGCGCUACAGGCGGUCGCGCUGUCAGGCGCGCAGAAGGGGUGGAUCUCCGUGGGGUGGUCGGGCGACGGCCGCAUGUCGCGCAGCGACGCCGUCGUGGGGAACGUCGAUAAUUACCCCAGCAACGUGGUCGCGCUGUAUCUGGCGGGGCGAAGCUUCGCGGAUGUGAAGCCGGCGGGGUAUGACCUGGGCAGGACGGUCCUGGAGCAGGGAACUACUGGCUCGUUUGUCAUCAAGUUCUCCCGGCGGGUGGAUGAUGGCACGGUGAGAUUCGACCCCACAGGCGCCAACACGCUCAUCUGGGCCUACUCUGCCGAUCCUGGCUCGUCACAGCUCGGCUUUCACGGGGGAAACAAGGGAUCAGCACUGGUGGACUUCUCAUGCACCGGCAAGGCAGCAAGCCCUCUAAUUCAAAGAGGCAGUCGGCUAGCAGCAGUGCUGGCAGUAGUUCUGGCUGUGCUCUGCCUUGCCUUGUAG